GCUGCCAUGGCAAGGAGAAGGAAGAGACAUAUGCACUAAUUGAUAUAAUAUUGUUUUAGGGUUUUAGGUAUGGAAUGAGCAAUGGCGCUGGGCAUGUCCAGGCGCUACUACACCUCCUUCGCCAAGAGGAUCGCUGCGCCAUCGCCAAAGGCGAAAUAUUGCUCUUCCAGGAGGAGGUUUUCAGUCGAGAGAGAGCGCCCUGUGAUCGUGCCCUAUCCAGAGCCUGCGAACUGGCUUGCUCGAUCGAUGAUUCUUCUGGGGACCGGCGUGGGCCUCGCAUUUGCCGCGUAUUUCUACCUCGGGAGGCCACCGAUCGAAGCGAAAAAAACAUCUACCGCGGCUGUGAGGCCUGAGAGGAUCACCGUCGGUGGCCCGUUCUCUCUCCUCGAUCAGUCUGGCAAAGUAGUGUCGAACAGUGACUUCUUUGGCAAGUGGUCUUUGAUCUACAUUGGCUACACGCAUUGUCCCGAGGAUUGUCCGCGGCAGCUUGAGAAGAUUGCUAGCGUCGUGCAUCAACUAGGAAAGAGCAUUGUGCCGAUCUUCAUCACGGCUGAUCCGGAGCGUGACAACGCGGUCCAACUCAAGCACUACCUCAGAGAGUUUCACCCAGGCUUUGUUGGACUUACUGGAAAGCCAAGCGAUGUGAGGCCGGUGCUGUGGAAGUUCCGAGCGUUUUUCAGGAAGACGGACGAGGACAGAUCCGACUACCUUGUCGAGCACUCCUCUAACGUUUACCUGAUGAACACCAAGAUGGAAUGCAUCAAGGUGUUUGGACCCGAGUACCAUGACAAAGCACUGGUGGACGCCAUCACUAAGGAGAUGACAAAGGCUGCUGCCAUGGAGGGUACUCAAGCUCUCUAGACUCAUGCCUAUGACCGAAUGCCACUAACUCCUCUCUCCGGCGCUUGCAGCUUGAAGUAUAGAAGAAUUUUUUUGCGAUAUCUUCUCACUCUCGUCGACUAGUUUUGAGUAUAACUUUAGCGCCACGGUAUCGUCUCGUCGCUUGUGCUCUUAACCCGAGUGGCGACAUGAUUUUGCAGACUCUGUAUAGCAGGAAAAGAAAAAACAUUUGGCAAAGACAGACAGACCAGCGCUCUUGCUUGAUUA